AUGUAUGCAAAUCUAUUUCUUUUCUUAUAUAAGGCAAAGCUUGCAUUGGACAGCCUUGAGGUUCCAGUUGGCUGUGUGAUUGUUGAGGAUGGGAAUGUUAUUGCGGCAGGAAGAAACCAGACUAACAAGACACAGAAUGCAACCAGACAUGCAGAGAUGGAAGCUCUUGAUGUUCUUCUUGUACAGUGGCAGAGGACUAGAUUUACGGCUGCAGAAGUUGCAGAGAAGUUUUCAGCAUGCUCCCUUUACAUGACACGUGAACCGUGCAUAAUGUGUGCAGCAGCAUUAUCGAUCAUUGGUAUAAAGGAAGUAUAUUAUGUUUGUGCAAAUGAUAAAGUUGGAGGCUGUGGCUCAACAUUGUCUUUGCAUUCAAGUAGCUCGAGGCAUGUGUUAGGUCAGUUCCUGAACUUGCUUUUGCUGCUGGUGUUGUAUCUACAUAGCUUUACUUUGAAAUUGUGCCAUAUGACAAUUGACAAAUAA